AUGAGAUUCGAAGAUUUCAGACUAUUGAGCAUAUUCUUUUCAACGAUGCUCAUUAAUCAAAUUUACACAGUUAUUGCACCGUUCUACCCUCUGGUAGCCGAGAAAAAAGGAAUCGCCCAAUGGGUGGUUGGCUUGAUCUUUACCGUGAUGCCUUUGUCAGGCUGUCUAGUAGCAUCCCAGAUCGGGAAAAACUUGUCCUAUUUGGGAAGAAGAAACACAUAUACAGGAGGAAUGCUCUUAGGUGGGAUAUCUCUAGCAAUUUUGGCCUUUAUCCCAGAGGCCACUAAUGCAACAUUUAUCCUGAUGAGCAUUAUCUCCAGGAUAUUGGGAGGCAUCGGGAUGGUCUCGGUGUACAUAACUGGUUUAGCAAUCAUUUCAAGUGACUAUGGAGACAAAAGAGAAAGGAACAUUUCCAUUCUAGAAGUUUUUGCAGGGCUAGGACUUAUGGUUGGCCCGUCAUUCGGGACACUCUGCUAUGCUUUGGUAGGGUUUACAGGGAUUUUCCUGUUUUCUUCAACGCUGUUUUUCAUGUUUACACCUUGCUUGUGGUAUACAUUGUCAGAAUCUACAGAAUUCCAAGAGGUGAAAGUAAACACAGCUUGUUGGAAACUGCUGAAAAAUAAAAAUAUUUUACUUGAUGUGCUGGUAGGGCUUUAUUCAAGCACGACGUACAACUAUUUUGACCCAAGCCUAGGGCCUUAUAUGAUAUCUUUAGGGUUUACAGAGCAUGAUGUGGGAUACGUUUUCAUCAUUGCGACACUUGCGUAUACAGUUGGAAGCUUUGGGCUCGUCUUUUUGCUGUCACGAGCCAAUAAGUUUUACUUGAUGAUUUGGAGCAUUGUGAUGAUAAUGCUAGGAGAAAUAGUGCUUGGGCUGAUAGGAGGAUUUAUGGAUACAGUGCCAUUCUGGAUUCCAGUGCUUGGAAUAUGCUUAGCUUCCCUUGGAGCUUCAGUUGGGUUUGUGACGCCUUUACCUUCAAUGCUUAGUGAAGCUGAUAUGCUGCCUCAUAAGGAUAUCGACAUGAACCCUGAUGCUCUGUCUGCACUUUUUACAAUGGAGGUUACGAUGGGAGAAAUUAUUGGACCGAUGAUGGCUGGAUUUUUAGUGCAGUUUAUAGGUUUUGAGCUAAGUUCCACAUCAAUUGCUAUAAUUGGUGCUAUUUUAAUCGUUAUCUACGGAACUAUGAGAAGAACCAAACAUUUGUUAAUAUCAAGUGAAGAAGAUCUAGAGCAUCCUUUGCUAAUAUAA